AUGGAGCACAGGGUGAUCUACGUCCUGGUGUUGGUCUGUGCGCUGACCCUCAGCUCCCUGGCCCAGGGCCAGCAGGAGACGUGCACGGUGGCCCCUCACCACAGAGACAACUGUGGCGUUCCGGGCAUCACGCCUUCCCAGUGUAAGGACAAGGGCUGCUGUUUCGACAACACUGUUCGUGGGGUCCCGUGGUGCUACCACCCUGUGGCCGUGGACAACCCUCCCGAAGAGGGGGGAAUGAGGCGCUCGCAGGGCCGCCCAGGGGGACCGGGUGUGGGCAGUGGGGGCAGCGCCCAAGGCCGCCAGACUGUCACGCGGCUGAGCAUCCCGGGGGGCAGCGCCUGCGCCUGCCUCCCCACACCGCGUGGUCUAGAGUGUGACGCGCCGAACAUCGGGCUACGCAUGGGGCGAGAGCAGCAGCAGGGGGAGGCGGCCCUGGCGCGCAGCAUGGACAUGGGACCUCGAGGCAUCCAGCUGCUGGCGGUGCUCCUCGCCCUGGGGCUGUGUGCCCCGGCGGGGGCCCAGAAACCUUCCGCCUGCCAGUGCUCGCGGAUCGAGGCCUCCCACAGGAAGAACUGUGGCUUCCCGGGCAUCAGCGCCGCCGAGUGCUUCAACACGGGGUGCUGCUUCGACUCCAGAGUCCCCAACGUCCCCUGGUGUUUCCAUCCCCUCCCGAAGCAAGAGUUGGAGCAGUGUGUCAUGGAAGUGGCGGCCCGCAAGAACUGUGGGUACCCGGGCAUCAGCCCCCAGGAGUGUGCGUCUCGCAACUGCUGCUUCUCCGACACCAUCCGCAACGUGCCCUGGUGCUUCUUCCCAAUCCUCAAUCAAGGGCUGGGGGUGCAGGGGGAGGAGCCAGGCCAGACUUUCUGUGGCUUCUCCCUCCUUCCUGACACCACCUCCAGCCUGAGCCCCCUGGCUUAG